AUGGGAAAUUCCAAUAGUUUAGCUCACUAUACUCCGGACAUUGAGGAAAAAUGGCAUCACUCCCUGCCACAACCUUCCUACCAGCAGCAAAUUAAAGUACUCCCAGAUCUCACAGAAACCUCCCGUCUGCGACCAACAAAUAACGGUGUCAUCCUCCAUUCUGGAGGAACCCUAACCGGCCGAAGGGAAUCUAUCGGAGCCAUAGGCAGUGGAGUCCAUCGGUCCCGUAGCAUUUCCUCCCCAACGCAUCACCAUGAGAUGAAAUACAAACCCGGAGCCCUUCAGAGGCAUCAUACACAACUCGAAAUGGUGCCAAGUGGAAGAAACUAUGCCGCCCAGGAGAUGAAUUACAAGCGUUUUGGUUCAGAACCCGAUUUACGCUUCUCCGAAGAGGAACUUCUCAAUCAGAAUCGCAAUAUUCAGGCAAAAUUUCCCAAAGGACGCAAGAAAAAAGCACCCCCAAAUGUCCCUAAUCGACCUGGAUAUGAAUACGAUCCAAGUCGUUUUGGAUGGAAACCCAGGCAGGAGAUUGAGCAGAUGCCAAUCCCAACGCCUCAGCUGCAGCAUCAGCAGCAACCACGAAAACUGAGACUCUUCAAAACAAAAGCAGAGUCCAGCAAAAAGAAUGGAAAUCCACCGAAGCUGGCAACUGAAGCUUCGGAUAUGCACUUUAGGAAACCCUUUAUGGACAGGAGAAACAAGUACUUAAGGGACAGUCGACCGGCUCAAGAUGACAUCAAUUUGAGACAGCCCGAUUUUCAAGCAUCAUCAGCCAAGUCCAAAAUCCAAUUGCUCCCAAUGCCUCAGUACAGGAGAGAAAAAUCCUUCGAUUUGAGCCUCCUGCUGAGCCGAAAGAAGGAAGAGAGUAAGCAAGGACCACCACCAAAUACCUUCAGAAAGCUCUCUGAUGGCAAGGAGUUUGAUCUGAAGACCACUUCCAAAGCAAAAGCUGCCCCAUCAUCACCUCUGACCAAGUCAAAAGCCCGAAGAGCAUCGCAACCGCCUCAGGUCGUAGGCAAUGACUUCCAGAAGGAAUUGCAAGAAGCCACAAGGAGACGCUCAAUGGCAGUUAAGCUGCAAACAAGUGAGAAAUCCCUCAAGACGACUGAUGUGAAAUCUCCGGCCAAAGAAAAUCAAGGGAACCAUAUGCCCCAGAAGAAGAUGUCUCCAGGAAUUAUGGAACAGAAAAUUGUGGCAAAACCAAAGGAGCAAAUCACAAUAAAAGUCCCUGCACCUGAAACCCCAAUUCCCAAGCCACCAACUCAACCAAAUCCCCCUCCAGCUCAGCCCCAAACCGAAAAAGUCGCCCCCAAGACGUUCUACUUCGGCAUGGGUGACCCUCAGAGUUCAAAACUCCCCGAUAUGAACCUGGAAAAAGUCGAAAAUGAAGCCAUUGACAUCUUUGCCGAAAGUAUCCUCAAUCUGAAGCGUCGACCACGUCUAACUGACUCCUCAGAAUCUGCAAUGUCUUCAGAUGCUGAAGAAAAUAUGCUGCAAGAUCUAGCCAAAGGAGAUGAUGAAACAGACGGAAUUUCCCUACAAUUGCGUCCAACACUGCCCAAAAAACAAUUUGAAAUCCCAAGAUUUAGUCCAGCAGCCGCCUGGAGAAUGCUAACUCCAGCCAAUGAUCCAACAGAAAGGGAAUUCAAUCCGUGGAAAAUUGAAAAGCCCGACAACUUUAGUUUAAGUGAUCGUCCUCCAGACACUUCAUCCCGCAAUGAGGAGAGAAUUGAGCGAAUCUAUCGUGAACCAAUUCCAGGCUUGCCAGACAACAAGAGUGGUGACAGUGGAAUCUCUGGUGAUGCCGGACUCCUCGAACUAACCGACACAUCACCCAUUAACGUCAACAGUGCCACUAAUGAGGAACAAAAAUUAGGACCAUUUCUCUCACCUUGGACCCCUCAGCAGGACCUAGGUGAAGAGAGCAGUUCAGAUGGAGAUGAACUGAAAGAAAAAGCCCAAAAGGAUGAUAUAGGGCAGAAACAUGCUUUCAGUCUCUCCCUGCCACGCGAAAGUAGCAUCUACAGUGACAAAGUCGACAAGCAAUCCUUCAACAGUCUCCAGAGACUGAGAAGAACUGUCUCUGGUGCCUUCAAUGGCAACAGUGAUCCUGGACAAAUGGACAUAUCACCCUAUCGCAACGACAAUUGGUUCCUAAGUCGUUCAGCACCAAAUUCAAUUGAAAAGAAUCCCUUACCUUCAAUUUCUGAUCAGGAGGAUAUUGAGAAAGAUAUUCCACCCCCUAUGAAUAUUGUUCCAUCAAUGCAACCUCCAUCAUUCAGUUACUUAGCUGGUGGAAAGCACUUUAUGUACUUACCUCAUCGAACUGUGGCCAAAAGUGACUCAGUCAGCGAGAAGACUCCACCGGUGAAACGAGAAGAGGAAACUUCAUCAAAUCACAGAGAGAAUCUGCAAGAUUCUCCUGCAUCGUGGACUCCACCAGUAAAGACUAGCAAGUCUAAGAAUCAUCGCUUCACCUUCCAAAGCACAGUGCGUCAAAUUGAACGACGUCGACUGGCUGAAAAGCUCUCCAAGGAAGCUGAACAGAAGGAAGCUCAGCGUCUCAGUGAACUAGAAGCCAUGCGAAGAGUUGAAGAGGAGUUUCAGAAGAAGCGCGCCAGAGAGAAGGCAUCAAUUCGGCAGCAAUUGAGGAUGUUCUCUCUGGAAGAGAAUAGCCCAAAUUGCACGAGUUUGCCACCUGAAUGGCAAGUCAACACCGCCAGAGCUGAUCCAGAUGGAGCAGUUUCGAGUCCUACACCCAGCCCCACGGCUGUAGAAGAUUCCCUAGAGAAUUACGAAAGGAAGCGAGAUGCUAGGAAGCUUAGCGAUGACAUGAGCAUCUUCAUGCCACCACCAAUGUCCAGAAAGCCCCUCCAUACGGAAAUUCUGAACGAGAUGCGUCUGUCCAGUCGUCGAUACUUUGACUACAAGCCCGAAAAUUCAUCAUACAAUGGCAGGUCAAAUCAUCUGCCCCAGAUUGUGGGACACAUUCCCGCCAGGAGAGACGUGGAUGAAGCAAUGCGCUUUUGAAUCCACAGAGAAGCAUUUAUAACAUCAUUUUCUAGUCAGUGUUUUUCACUUCCUCCUUGACCUGAAUCACGUCCCUUCCUGGACAUGAACUUUACUGUUUUUUUUUUUUUAAUUUUUUUGGAUGAUGGGAUCAUUUUAUCUUUUUCUUUCUAUCUGUUUAUUAAACUAGUUUAAAUAUAGCCUUCAGAAGACGUCGGAGAUAGAAGUUACCUGACUUUUUAGAAAAACUCUCCUUUUGUAAAAUGGGGUAGUCAGUAAAUAAAAGAAAAAUGCACAUAAUUUAAUUAUUAUAAAAUUAUACAAAGUUUACUAACAAGUUGAACUCCAAUGUGCAAUUUGUAAAGAGCCUAAUUUGUAUAGUCAUCAAACUAAGACACAAUUUAGAAAAAUAAGAGAAAUCUUUGUAAAAAAUUUUAAGAAAAAAAAUUGACUACCCCUCCAAAAUUCUUCAGGGUUUCCCACGGAUGGCCUUACUUUAAUCUUUAUAUCUCUAGACGAGAGUAAUGGACAUUUUGAGUAAACUCCGCCCAAAAACUUUAGGUCACGCCCCUUUUUUUCUUUUUCAUUAUUAUUUUUUUUUUAUUUUCAGUACAAAAACGAACAGAAUUCUUUUGUAUUUUAUAAAUAAAAAAAUCAGCGUAUGAGCUUUAUGUUAAAAAUCCAAAACCUGUCUAAUAAUGGAGUCGUGGCAUAAACAAAACAUAUUUCAGGACUAUUUCUGCUCUAAAAAUCUGAAAUCUGUUAUUCAGACAUUUUCUUUCGGUUUAAUAUUAAAAAAAAUAAAUAAAAUAAUAAUAAAAAGAUUAUGAACGGAGCCAAGAUUUGAUUCUAAGAACAUUUUCUCGAAUCUUAGGGCCUUGACAGACUCGAGGAUUAGCCCAGAGACGGCUUAGUGUAAUUAUAUUAGAAAUAAUGGUUAAACUACAUUUCAAUCAUUUUCCACUAAGUCGUCUCUCGGCUUAAGUCGUUAGUGUGUCUAGGACAUUAGUCUAACUGUUACUGCGUUUCCUAACGGCCAAAUUCUCUAAAACUUAUUACAAAUCGAACAAUGCUGUUUACGGUGCAGUAAAACAUUUUUAAAAAAAUAAAAUAUUUCUUUGAAAAUACUUAAAUAUUUCCAAUAUUCAAUUACAAAAUGGUUUAUAGUAAAUUCUUUUGUUUUUGAAAAAAUAAAAUGUCCUCUAAUUCCUAAAAAAUUUGUGGUCCAUUCUAGAAUGUAAGGUUAUGUAGAAUCUAACCUUAAAAAAGGAAAAAAAACAUUCCCUAAAAAAACUUCCCAAACGCAAUGAAAAAUACGUUUUUUCCUACACAAAUAAAAAAUCUUUCUUCGAAAAUUAAAACAAAGUUCAGAAGCAUUUUAAACUGAUGAGUUCUGUAAAGUUUUUGAGGUUAAUUUUUUUAAACAUUGUAAAUUUAAAGAGCUUCUGGGCCAGUAAUCUUUUUAUUUUGUUGAUGUCAUUGAUAAAAAAAAACCUCUGUCAUGCUACGUUUUCUAGCACAAAAACGUCUUAAUUUUUUUAGGUUAUGUUUAACAUAACCUAAAAUUUGUGAAAGUAAUCUUAUUGGUCAAACAAAAAAUAUAUAUAUAGCAAUAAUCCAAAAAUUAAACAUGUCAAGCAAUUUUCAUCAUGCUACAAGGAUAUAUUGGCUACUCAUUUAUGAAACUCUUAGCCACACCCUGAAAUGGGCGUGGCCUAAAAUCUCUUUAGCAGAGUUUACUCAGUAAGUCCAAUACAAUCUCCCUGCGAAAUAAAGAGUAAAACAAGUCCCGACUGUCCGUAGAUAAACCAAUAUUUCUUUUAAAUAAUAAUUUUAUCGUUAUUUGAGAUACUAACAUUUGUUUAUUUCAUGAAAAGAAAAAAGUGUUUAAAGGCGAUAAAACGUUACACAAAAUAAAAUGUUUAGUUUAUUUCUUCUUGAAAAAUGACAUUAUACUCUUGGUGCCAGUUGCUGCUUUGGCCAGGGCCUUUUCCUUGGUCGUCAGUUUCACUUCCGGUGCCUUCUCCUUCACCAGAUCCGUCUCAGCGAAGGCAUUUUCGUCAUUUUCCUUCUUCACCUUCUUCCCAGUGGUGUCCUGGAGAGUCUUUGAUGACUUCCUCUUAACACUUGCUGCGACUUUAUCCUCUAUUCCCAAUUUCUUCUUCAGCAGCCCACUCAAGUCUUCAGAGAUGUAGUCAGAGACAAUUGAAAAGGCAUAAGUCAGGUAAUUCAUAGCAUCUUCAGUCUCAUUGAUGGCAUCUGGAGAUAUGAAAGUGGCAGACAUUGCUCCCUGACCAACAAAAAUCUUCUUGUCCCGGAGGACUUUUGUGACUCUUUGGCACUUUUGGGUCAACCAAUCGAGCGUUUUUUCUUCAUUGUACUUGAAUCCCUUGACAAUUCCAUUCCCCUUGAGAUCUGAGAUCUAAAAAUUAUUUUGAAAUUAUUCCUUGGAAGGUUCAGAAGCUCCUGAAAUUUCUUACUCUAUCCAUUUGCUUCUCCGUGACGAUUUUCUGCAACCGAAAGAUAUCCGGAAAGUCCUGAUCAACGAGAAAACUGUCCAGGGGAGAUGCCAUCUCACUGCAGGACUCCACAAGGUAGGGAAGAAUCAGGAAAAGAGGGUCAAUCUGAGUGGUUAAGUAAACAUUCCCAUCCGCCUGGAUGGAUUCGUCAAUGAACCAGGAACGAUGUGGCUGACAGAACUGCAGCAAUUCCGUGAUACUCUUCCCAUCUCCAGAAACAAUAUAAUUCGAUGCCUUGAGCGUUGAGGGAUUCUUCAGGGAAAUCACAUCCAACUGACCGGCUGUCUCAACUCCUUCCCUAACCUCAAAUAAUUCCUUAUCGAGGAAGCAGACCCGCGUCUCUCCCUUUAGCCUCGUAAACACCUCACAGCUCUCAGCACUGUCUUUCUUUCCACCUUUGCCCUUUCCUCCUCUUGUUUUCGACAUCUUCACUAAAUAAUCACACCUUUAUUACCACACAAAA